AUGGUUGAUCUCGCUUAUAGGGAUGCCGAUCGAAUUUUUAACUUUUUUCUUAUCUAUGAAAAUGACACUGGAAAUACCAAAUAUGUGUUCCCGGAUUCGACUGGAGUUGAGUUUGUAAAUCGCGUCAUUGAGUUUGGUCCAGCAUGCUGCAGACAGUUAAAUUUCUGCGAAUAUUACGUUCUUCUGUUCACCGAUGGUGAAGGUCGUUGCGAAUAUGUCCACUGUCUUCAGAACACCGAAGAACAUUUCUUCUGUUUCAGUAGUUACCUUCCCUGGUUUGACUGCUUCCACCGGCUUUUGGAGGAGGUUAAAUCGAAAGAGCUGUACAAACCACAGUGGAUACCUACUCUUAACCAGUUUCUUGAUAAAUUGCGAGAAAUUAAACCUCCCCCAAGCAGGAAAAAUGCGAUCUCCAUCCCUUAUCCCAUUCCCAAUGCUCCCGAUCAGGAUAUUCGAUUGCCCAUUCCAACUCCUAGCCACCCAUACUAUCUGAAAGCUUUUGAGCAGUACUACUCGUCCUUGGAGCCGCUUCAAUGGAUCGAUAUCUUCAUAAGCAUGCUUCUAGAGAAGAGCAUUCUCUUUUACUCCAAGAGCCGACAACGUCUCACCUACAGCAUAAUCGCUGCUGUCUCCCUCCUCUACCCCCUCUCUUGGGUCUCGCCCAUCUAUCCGGUGUUAUCUAGGAAAUUUUUGCAGGUCCUCGAAUCUCCAGUGCCCUUCAUUGCCGGGAUCCACUCGUGUAUGUUCGAGACAGCAAAACCGUACAUUACUUAUGGUACUCGCGUGGUGGACUUGGACGGACAGCGAAUACUUGUAAAUAUGCCCGAUGCCGACCUUGACCGUGAGGACGUGCCUGCUGCAAUCUUGGAAUUCUUCGGGGUGGAGUUCUCCGACAGUAAGCGCUUCCUCAAGUCCGCGAUGAACUCCAAGAGCAACGAGUUCGCGCCGUGGAAGACCUCCAAGCUGCCAAUGCAGAAUUACCUAGCACAGCGAGCCAAGCCAUUCUUCGCCAUUCUCGUUAACCUCCUGGGUUACUUUCGACAGUGCACAUCGCCUUCAGGACAAGUGGACUUCCGCCAGAUGGUCGCUUGCCAAGCCUGUCCACCGUUGGAACCGUUCCUUGUACAGCUCUACGAAUCUCAGAUGAUCCAUUGCUUCCUCUACGACCGCCUUUCAACGCACACAGCCGACGACUUUGAAAUUCAAGCCCACCUCCUCGCGGACAAGUGCAGGGAGCGGUUGCAACACAAUCCCUCCAACAAGCCCAACUUCGGUGACCUUCGUUGGAUCUCGUGCAAGCGCUCAAUGACCACCAAUAGCCGAUUUCGACGCAAACUUGGCCAGCAGUGGAGCAAACUCACCUCAAAGGCUGCCCUGAAGGCGAAUCAAUUGAAGUUGGACAAGAGCACUGCCAAGCUCUGGGAGAAGGUCUCCACAGAUGGAAUACCCGGUCCACCGGCGAUCACUUACUCUCGCAGCAUGGGACCCACCGAGAACCCCGGAUCCGGUCGUCCGGCGGCUUCGAACGAGUGA